CGGAUUCGGGGGCUUUCUGCUGCCGGUGGGGAACAGCGGCGGCCACAGUCCCAGCGAGCGCGAGCAGCAGAGUCCCCGAGACCCAGCCAGCAGCCUGGAUCCCGGCCCGCCGACGGCCGCUCGCGCUCCGGCUCCGCUCCAUUGCCUUGCCGCGAGCCAGCAGCCCCCACUUCGACCGCACUUUGCGCAGCCUGUAGGCGAGGGACCCGAGCCCCGGCGCUGCGCCCCAGUCCCGCCGCGCCAGCAUGUCCUCGACGGAAAGCUCCAGCCGCACCGCGGACAAGCCGCCGCGCCAGCAGGUGGACCGCCUGCUAGUGGGGCUGCGCUGGCGACGGCUGGAGGAGCCGCUAGGCUUCAUCAAAGUUCUCCAGUGGCUCUUUGCUAUUUUCGCCUUCGGGUCCUGCGGCUCCUACAGCGGGGAGACAGGAGCAAUGGUUCGCUGCAACAACGAAGCCAAGGAUGUGAGCUCCAUCAUUGUUUCAUUCGGCUAUCCCUUCAGGUUGAACCGGAUCCAGUAUGAGAUGCCCUUCUGUGAUGAAGAGUCCACCUCCAAGACCAUGCACCUCAUGGGGGACUUCUCUGCCCCUGCUGAGUUCUUUGUGACCCUUGGCAUCUUUUCCUUCUUCUAUACCAUGGCUGCCCUCGUUGUCUACCUGCGCUUCCACAACCUCUACACGGAGAACAAGCGCUUCCCGCUGGUGGACUUCUGUGUGACUGUCUCCUUCACCUUCUUCUGGCUGGUAGCUGCAGCUGCCUGGGGAAAAGGCCUGACUGAUGUCAAAGGGGCCACACGGCCAUCCAGCCUGACGGCAGCCAUGUCUGUGUGCCACGGAGAGGAUGCAGUCUGCAGUGCCGGAGCCACACCCUCCAUGGGGCUGGCCAACAUCUCUGUGCUCUUCGGCUUUAUCAACUUCUUCUUGUGGGCUGGAAACUGUUGGUUUGUGUUCAAGGAGACCCCAUGGCAUGGACAGGGCCAGGACCAGAGCCAGGGUCCCAGCCAGGAGAGUGCAGCCGAGCAGGGAGCAGUGGAAAAGCAGUAAACAGCCCCUGGCUACUCCCGAACUGGACAGCACCUCUUCAACAACCUCCAGCUUCCAGGACCUCCCUCUUCCUCCUCAUCCAUUCCCCUCCCCCAUCUUCUGGGCUUUGAGUUUUGAGACACUGAUGGGCAGGUGUUAGCUGUUGGAAACUCUUCUUGCUGAACUCAUGGAUAAUAGGAGCUCAGUGCUCAUUGUCCACUGCCUGGACCCAGGAAUAUUACUUGGGGUUGUACUUGUGCCCUCACAGCCUCCAAGAACCAGCCUGUGUUGCAGGUGAGGGUUGGGGGCAGGAAACUGGAGACCUGAGACUGGUCCCUAGCAGCUAUCUUUACAACAACCUGUCCAGCUUCAAUAAUAGUGGUGGAAAGGGAAAUCAGUGAGUAACCUUCACCCCUAGUCCCUUGUGUGGAGGCCCCAGCAGUGGCUUGGUGACCCCUCCCCAAAGGCUGUCAUCUAGUUGCUGUAUCUGAUCUCCAGUCAGCCCAGGGCUCAGUGUGUUUCCCACUGUCUUCUCUGGUCUUUGCCUGCCCACAGAGUCCACCAUGUGUGAACAAAGGGUACCCAACUGGCCUAGAAAACAGCCCUUUAGAGGGUCCUGAUGAGGCUUAGACUCAGCAGGGAGCAGAUAAAUUGCAACUGAGUUGCAACUUCAAGAAACCAGAGACUGCCAACUUGCCAAUAGAGUUUUUUAUAUCUCUUCAGUCCUCCCACCCCCUAGGCUGGGGCACUUUCUACCAACACUCUGAACUCCACUUAUGCUAGAAACUCCUACUUUCCUCUCUGUCUUUCUUGGGCUUGGUCUCACACUUGGGACACAAAAUGUGGGGUGUAGGAACUUCCCCUUGCCCCCAACCUCUCUGUCCAUCUCCCUUCCCCAGCCUCCUGAGUCUGAGGCAUUCAAGAUCUAUUUUGAAGUCCAGGCCUUCCUUUUAUUCCUAUGGGGCCAGAGAGAAGCUUUGUAAAGGCCCAAAGGACCUUCAUGAGGCUACAUUGCCCCAAAGCCCCAGGACAGAGAUGGAUGGCUCCAUUUCUUCCUUCCUUACGGCUCAAUAUUCUUUUCCCCAUCCUUCUUGAAUCCUUCUUUCAUACUUGCCCUUCUCAUCUUUACAAAAGGAUGUGUCCUCUCCCUUUGGCCUAAUAUUCUUCCCCAGUAUCCUCAUCUCUCCCAGCCUCUAUCCUUUCCCAGUCUAGGGCAGGCUGAUGCUAUUGGUGCUUCUUCACUUUGGGACCCAGUUCCAUAUUUGUCUUUGGUGUGUCUCCUCUUCCUGAUACUUGACCCUAAGAGUCAGUGCUACCUGGGUAAGGACCAUUUGCCUUCUACCCAGCUCAAAACAUCUCAGUCUUCCCUGGCCAUAGGGCUGCCCAGGGAAGGAUAAAGAGGGAAGACUCCAGCCAUUUUCCAAUUUAGUGCCGACAGGCCUGCUUAGCAUCCCAAAGGUGACUGUGCCCUGUGCCAAUGUCUCCUCAGGACUGACUCAAUCCUUUCAACCUCUUCAUCUCCCUGAACAUCAUUCAUAGUAACAUGUGCAUUACAGGGGUACCCAGGGGUCAGGAUCUUUGACUUCAAGUCAGUCAUUUCCUGUUUGUAUCAGUUUCCCCACUUGACUGAGGAAGUCAAAUGCUUCCUUGACUGAGGAAGUCAAAAGCAUCCCCAAAUGCUCCAGAGUCCUUCAGUGAAAGAAUUAAGUUUUUGGAUUUUGUUUUUAGAUUUUGGGGAAGGGAUUGAGGAGGGAAGAAAGGAGAUAGGGUAAAAGUGUUUCUAAGUUUGAAAUGCUCUCUCUGUCCUGAUCUGUCCCCAUGGCUACUCAAGGACAAGGCAAGACAGUUUUGUUUAUGGGCUCCAGAGACACAGAGGACAAAGGGGUGACCUUCAUUUGUCUUCAGGCCAGCCCCUGUAGGGUCUGUGAGCAGCUUCUACUAGAACUUUCUUUGGAUUCUAUGUCUGCAUUUAUAGUUCAUUCAAAAUAUGCUGGAUAAAGUGUUCUUAUUUGGGGACUGAAGUUAGAAACUGGUCCUGAAGCUAAGAAAAGGGGAGUAUAUUCAUAUUCACUCUUGCUAAGGACUCCUAGCCCAGAACUCUCCCUAGAGCAGAGAAGGCUCUUUCUCCUUCUCUUCACGAGGCUAUCUUGUUCUGGGCCAGAAAAGCCUUGAUUUAGGCUACAGCCUCUCUCUCCAUGGACACUUUAAGAGGAAAGGCCACUUCACCUCAUUACCUCUAGAGGGCUGGGCUAUCCUUUUGGGAUUCAUGCCCCCUCCAACCAGGGCUGGCACCACCACUUUGCCUAGUGGGGCCUGAGGUAGAAGAAGGUGUCUGGUUUUCCAGCUACUGCAGGAGGCCAAUGGUAGGGUACUUGCCCUUUACCCCAGUAGACUCUAACCCUGCCCAGUGCCCACCUAAGACCUUUCCUGGACAUGAGUUCCCUCUACUAUCACAGUCAUGAGUCUCCUGGGAUUGCAGAUCAGGGGUGGGGGGAGAAUGUUGCAUGUUGUUUUCUGGUGCUUGUUAUUACACAUUUGAAUAAACAGUGCUAUGAGUAUUUGCCAUGAAGGA